AUGGCCAGAGCUAAAACUGGGGGACGCUACCAGCUGCCACCAACAAUGAUGGGUGCCAGCCAAGUGAAGCUGGCCCCCAUUAGCCCCAACGUCAUAGCAGAGCCCUACAAAGGGGAGCUGCCGCCGCUGCCGCUGGUGGCUUGGGUCACGCCGGCGGGGCUAAGGGAGCACUGGCGGCGCAUGCUGGGGGGCGUCAAGGCGAUGUACACGCUGGCGCGGUGCAAAAAAUUCGUGCCGGGCUUCAGCCUGCCGGCCUUCAAGGCAGAUGCGCUGCGGCUGUACGAGGAGGUCUGCCAGGCCAUCGCUGCGGAUGACAAGACCCUCCUUCGACAGAGGAUGACGCCCUCGGCGUACGGGACGGUGAAGGCGCAGCUGAAAGCGCGGGAGGAGGGCGGCUGGAAGCGAGUCGCCUGGGCUCUGGCACGCCGGCCGCAGCUGCACGAGCUCGAGCUGGUGCAUGCGCGCCUCAUCGCCGCCAACCCCAAAGACGCGAGGAGCUCGUUUGCGCAGCUGACGGUGCGCGUGCGGGCAGCGGUGAAGUUUGCGGCGUACGAUGGGAAGCGGCGGCUGGUGGCGGGGGAUCCGGAGAGGGAGGUGCCUGUUCAGGACGUGUGGGUCCUCGAGCGCAGCUUCCGGGAGGAGCCCACCUCGCGCUGGCGCGUCGCAGGUCGUCUGAGCCUGCCGCCUGCGCCGGUGCCGGCUGAGAAGUGGUGGAACCCCUUUGGCUGGGUCAGGCAGCUCAGGCCCCAGCCAGAUGCCGGCAGGAGGGCCGCAGCAGCACAGUUACAGCCUUGA